CGAGAAGCGGCAGACGGCAGCCAGAAGGCUUGGGCUGUUGAGUAAGCAGCCCCCUCUCAGUCCCAGCCCUCCCCGCCCCUCGUCCUGCGCCUCCAGUGAGCGACUGAGCCCCCGCUGCGGCCCCGCCCCCUGGGCUCUGCCAGAGCUGGUGCACUGCGCGGAGGGGAGGGCCGGCCGAGGCAGGAAUGCGCGGCGGGCGGGCGGCGCAGGAGGCGAACAGCGGAACAUGUAAGGGCACAUCCCGCGAGCUGCCGCCCAGCGCGCAGACAGAGCCCAGGGGAGCAAGAGAACGGGCGGGCGGCGUGGCUUACGGGCUAGGGAGGCGCGGAGGCACCCGGUAGAGGCGGGCCGGCCUGGGCCAGCUCCGGUAGAGCAGAGGAGGCGGUGCCGGCUGAAGCGGGGCGGUGGGCGCGGAGCGCGCUGGGGGCACCCACGCCACCUCACCGGCAGCCAGGUGCUGAGGGCCGCAGUGCGGGCGCGCCGGGCAGUCAGGACGCAGGUGGGCAGCGCGCACGGCCAGCCAGCCCGGGGCGCCAGAAUCCUGCGCUGCCGGGCCGAGAGUGGCGCCGCGCCCGCCGCAGCCUGGAGCUUUCCGCGAACCUCGGGGCCCCCAUGACGGCGGCGGCGACGGCCACCGUGCUCAAGGAGGGCGUGCUGGAGAAGCGCAGCGGCGGGCUGCUGCAGCUGUGGAAGCGGAAGCGCUGCGUGCUCACCGAGCGCGGGCUGCAGCUCUUCGAAGCCAAGGGCACGGGCGGCCGGCCCAAGGAGCUCAGCUUCGCCCGCAUCAAGGCCGUGGAGUGCGUGGAGAGCACAGGGCGCCACAUCUACUUCACGCUGGUGACCGAAGGCGGUGGCGAGAUCGACUUCCGCUGCCCUCUGGAAGAUCCCGGCUGGAACGCCCAGAUCACCCUAGGCCUGGUCAAGUUCAAGAACCAGCAGGCCAUCCAGACAGUGCGGGCCCGGCAGAGCCUCGGGACCGGGACCCUCGUGUCCUAAACCACCGGGCGCACCAUCUUACCUUCAUGCUACCCACCACCUCGGUGCUGAGGUCAAGGCAGAUGAUGAAGCUGAAACUCAGAGAUGUUGAAGCAGUUGCCUGAGAUUCCCCAGCCAGCCAGUGGCUCAGAGUGGAUUCCCGCCCCCUGACUCUGGAUCCUAAUGCUCUUCUCACCACCUCAUGGCAUCUCCCUGGCAUUUGAACUUCCUGGUUGAAACUGAGGAUAAACAGAGCAAGUGUGGCUCAUCAAGAUCCCCUUGUCAUCGGGUUGUGCUGCGCUGUCAGUCUCACCAGCACCACUAAUUGCACUCCAUUCCGAUGGCUCAUGGCCCUUCACACACACAAAGGCCCUGCUCCCCUGCCAGGGAAGACAGAGUAGGUUGCACAACUUGUCUGCAUUCACAGAGCAUGUCACCAACCAAGCAACAAGGAGAACACACAAGUUUGGCCCUGGAAAACCCUUGGCUGACUCUGUUGAGACGAAAGGGGGCCUCCAUGCUGACUGAGACAGUGCAGAUAGAGGAACUGAGCUGUGAAAAUAACUCUAAAAAGCCAACAGCAUCUAUUAACUAGACUUGACUGGGGUGGUCAGGGCUGCGGUUUGGAAUUGUCUGCUAUUUAUGCAAAGGGGACUUUAGGUCACUCUGUGCUUACCCCAUUUCCAAAACACACAUAAUCAACGAAUGUUUCUCACAGUCUGGGUGGUCUCCCACAUGUGUCCUGCUGGGUCUGUUUUUCCAGUGGGAUGAAACAUAGGCUCCUCCCUGGAAGAUUCCUGGAAGACCCCUCCCCCCACCUUCACCUUUCAGUCCUGUAAGCUUCCUCAUGAGUGCUGUGUUUCUUUCCAGGGCUCUGACUCAAAGAACCCUCUGCUGUGACCUCACCACAUUAUCACAACAGCCCUGUGAGGUUGGAAGAGAUGGGAGUAUUUCCUGAUAGA